AGGACUGAUUGCUGAUUGGCUGGCUGGGGACUCGGCCGCUGGGGACUGCGCCGCGGCCCGUGCGGCGCUUGUCCCGUCCUUUGGCCUGGAUCUGGCGGCUGCGCGCUCUCUAUGGUGCUGGCAACGACAUGUGGCGCCUGACAGGGCUCCUGGGGCGAGGUAGGGGUCGCCAGCAAGCUCUUCCCCGCCUGCUGGGACCUGGCUUCCGAGGGCUAACACCCAGGCCCACCAGUUCAGAUGGGCCUCAGACAACCUCCACCACCCUGCUGUUCCCUAGGCCUAACCUUGACAGGUCAGGCUCCCAUGGUCCAAAGAGGAACAGGGACCCAAAGUGCCAUGGAUGGAAAGAUGCCUUUCACAGGAAGUCUGCUCAUGUCUCCCCAAACAGUCUGCGGGAUGCCAUCUCCUGGGGCACUCUGGCCGUGCUGGCCCUGCACCUGGCGAGGCAGAUCCACUUCCACGCAUCCCCGGUAGCAGGACCUCAGCCAGCUGAACGCAGCUCUUGGCACAGUUCCCUGUACCGCUUCCUCUCCUCUUCUUGGUGGCACCCGCACUCCUCGCUUCGGAGGCAUGUUCUUCCCAGGCCUGACUGCCCAGCUCCCAGGAAUGCUGGCCUCAGGGAACUGAGGCUGGGCCAGGAAGCACCCCCAGCUCCGCCCCAGUUCUUUCCUGCAGAUGGCUCCCCGAGAGCUGACCUUCUGAACCUACCUGAAGAAGAGCCCAGCGACUUUGGCUUUCUGCAUGACAGUGGGCACUUCACAUCCCAGGCAAAGGCAGACGAGGCCCACCCCACUGGAGAAAAAAAUGAACAAGACAAGCCCAAGGCUCUUCCCCUAGAGGAGGCUGUGACUUGCAUCCAGCAACUCUUUCAGCUCAGUGUUGCCAUCGCUUUCAACUUCCUGGGGACAGAGAAUAUAAAGACAGGAGCCUACACAGCAGCCUUCUCCUACUUCCAGAAAGCUGCAGACCGUGGCUACAGCAAAGCACAGUACAAUGUGGGCCUGUGUCUUGAGCAUGGCAGAGGCACCCCCAGGGACCUCAGCAAGGCAAUCCUCUUUUACCACCUGGCUGCCACCCAGGGCCACAGGCUGGCUCAGUACCGCUAUGCCCGGUGCCUGUUACAAAGUUCAGGCUCUUUGUCAGACCCCGAGCAGCAGAGGGCGGUGUCCAUGCUGAAGCAGGCUGCAGACUCCGGCUUAACAGAGGCCCAAGCCUUCCUUGGAGUGCUUUUUACCAAGGAGCCGUACCUGGAUGAGCAGAGAGCUGUUAAAUACCUUUGGCUGGCAGCCAGCAAUGGGGACUCUCAGAGCAGGUUCCACUUGGGAAUUUGCUAUGAGAAGGGUCUUGGUGUACAGAGGAAUCUGGGAGAGGCUGUGAAGUGCUACCAGCAGUCAGCAGCUGUGGGGAAUGAACCUGCCCAGGAAAGGCUUCGAACCCUCUUUAACGUGGAGGCAGCAGCCCCAGGGCCCAGCCACCUGGCCACGACAGGACUGAAGUCUUUCUCCAGCCCUUCCCUCUGUAGCCUAAACCCCCUGUUGGCAGGUGCCUCAAGCCUCCCUCAUGCUUCAAGCACUGGGAGUCUUGGCCUCCUCUGCAGAAGUGGCUAUCUUGGAGUCAACCGUGGAGCCCCUGGCAGGCCUGUACCAUCCUUGGAAAGGAGUCUCGUGAGACUGGGUUUCGGCUAAGACCUCCAUUUUAAUGAUGGAACCUGAGAGUUCUCGGAAAUACCACAACUUGAGUCCCAAAGAAGAGGCCAGUUCGCUACUCAGCUUCCGGGAAGCCAUCAGUACCUCUCCAGCACCAUAAAGAAGAGGAGUGCGUGUAAAGACCCAGCUCUGCAUUACGCUGUUGUGAGACUCUAAUCUUGCAUAUAUACCACAGGCAAACCAAGGAGACCAACACCAGAAGGCCUGCUAACGCUCCCAUGCCCACCCAUUCCUUCAGAUGAUUCAUGGCUGCAGCAAUCCAUGAUGAUAAUCCUGUGGCUAGUCCUGCGUCCACUCUGGUAGAAUUUACUGUGACAAUGGCCACUGUCAGCUGCUCCAUCGUAGUAUCGAAUUCUCCAGUCCAAUUACCUAAAAUAUAGCUCGACAAUUGUUUAGACAGAUUUGCAGCACAGGAAAAAUUCUCAUGUUAUAUGCUAGUGACUCAAACUCCAGCAUACUUUCAUUGACAGCCCGGUUGAGCCAUUUGCCAUAGGGUAUCAGUUUGCUCCUGCACAAGGUCAAUCCUCUGAUUGAACACCAUCAAGCUUCCUUUUAGUUGAGCAUUAAUUCCUUUUUGUACAACUAAGGCAUGAGCUACAUUGGCUAAAUGAUUAUUCAGGGUCUGAGCAGUCUGCCCAGUAUGACUCAUGGCUAAUGCCCCGGUGGUAGCUCCAACAGCCGCCAAUGAGAUGGCAGUAACAAUGGUGGCUGUAGUUCUAAGAUCUCUUUUCUGUCUGAAAAGAGUCAUAGCGUGAGGGGCAUCAACGGGCACAGGCAGCCAUGAUCAUUCAGGCCUUUACAGCCAUUGAAGCAGGACAGUCUCCCCAAGCAUGGUUGGCUACCAUAAAAAGCUAAAAUGUUACGCUCAGGAUGCAAGGCUAAGCACUGGACUCAGGGUCAGCCGCUUUGGACCCAGAGAAGAGCAUGUAUGAUUGCAUGCGGGUUGAUGCCCCAGGUCCCGCCUCUGAGAAAAGGGUAUCGGUCAGGUCUGAUGCUCUUUGGGUGGAUGACACCUAAAUGAACAUCAGUACAAAGUCCCAAUUUAUUUCUAAUAUCAGAGAUCAGACCUCUACUCUUGCCUGAUGCGUCUAAAACAAAAAGGGGGAACUGUAGAGAGCUGCGGAAUGCUAUGCCUUAAAGAUGGAGCUGGUUUCCGCCUUCCACCUUCCCGAUGGUGAGUGCUCUCUGUCACGAACAACUCCACAUUUGGCUAAGGCUGAAGAUCUGGCUUGCUUCCAUAUAUGUGGACCUAUCUGCAUUUCCCACGUGGUACGCUGGGGUUGGCUACCCAGAGGCUAUUUAAGCUGUGGGCUGGCUUUCCCCAGGGUCAGAUGAUUGUUCAAGGUUCCUGAAUAGACUGCAUUGAAAAAAAAAAAAAAAGAAAUUCACUUGCCUUAAGUAGAAAUGCAAAGUAUGUUUGAAAAAAAAAAAAAAAAAAAAGACCCAGCUCUGGCUUUGCCACUGGUCUGCCUGUGCCACCUGGAAGCAGUGACCUGGUUUCCCAACAUUGUUUCCUCAGUUGUAGACCAAGGGCUGUAGUGCGUGCCCCCUGCCUAUAAGGAAUGAGGUGCAACCUUUCCACUGCAGAAAAGACUUUUACCCCUUGCUUGGGUUCCCGAAGGUAGAGUAGUGCCUGCAGUUCCAUGGCCUUAAAGAGUCACCAGCCUGCUGGGCAUGGUGGCAUAUCCCUUUAAUCCCAGUGCUCAGGAGGCAAAGGCAGGCAGAUUUCUGUGAGUUCAAGGCCAGCCUGGUCUACAAAAUGAGUUCCAGGGUUGCCAAGACUACUACCCAGAGAAACCCUGUCUUGAACACUAACCACCACUGCCAAAAAUAAAGAAGAAUCACCAGGCCAGGAUGGGGAUCAAAGCUGACAUCAUGACUCCAGCCCAGACUUCUGGUCUACCAGUUCAUACUGCAGUGUUAUUUGAAAACAUUAUCAUCACCCUGCAGAUGUGGAGAUAUCAGUAGAGAUUAGGCAUGUGGAGAGUGGAGGCCAUGAGUCCAUUUUGGGAAAGGUCAGCUAGGAAUACAGAAGUGCUUAAUAAAACAGAUGGUGGAUUAUCUCUCA